GUGCGUGUUUGUCCAGUAUGGCUUUGGCCCAGACCGACAGUGUCAUCAAGAAAGUAAUUCGUGAAAUCGGACUAGAAUGCACCGCCCAGGGACAAACUGUUUCUGAAACCUUGGUGGCGUUCAUGGUGAAAGCUGUUGUCUUAGAUCCAAGAAAUGACUUUAAUGUGGAUCAAAUCCUUACAGAAAAAGAUGUGCAAAAUCUUAUCCAGAUCUGUGUUACCAGGCUACUUGAUGCAACAAACCCUUCCCUGAGCACAAUUAAGAUGCAAGUUUACUUUGAUAUGAACUAUGCAAACCGAGCUGAAUUACUCAGUGAGCAGCGCCGGGUUCUGGUGGGAAGGCUGGCUCCUGUGGUCAGGGAUAUCACAGACAGUCGUCCUCGUGUGCAAGAAGAAAUGGAGAAUGUGUAUCGCAAGAUUGUUAGCUAUGUGCUGCUGAGCUCUGGCCUGGGAUGCCCAACAGAUAUUGCAGUUGUCAGGGAGGUAACAGCUGCCCUGCAGAGUGUGUUCCCCCAGACAGAGAUGAGUACUUUCAUCUCACUCAGUAAGAAGAACAAAGAGCAACAGCUGAAAAAUCUUGCCAUGCUAGUCACAGGAAUUCGGUUGUACAACAAGGAAUGUGGGAAAGGAGGAAGCAACAUUGAUGACUUGCCAGCCAUUCUGAGUGAAGCCAUUCCGUCAGCUACACGGACUGUCGAUGAAGAUCUUAAUACUUGCCAUACAUUAGCCCACCAGUACACAGCUCUGUUGGAAUCGAUGCAGGAAGACCAACACAGAUAUGCACAGCUUCGUGCUUUCAAAUUAAAAGAAGCGCUGUUCAAUGUGAGACAAUAUGAGGCCUUCCUUUGCAUCCUUCUGACUGAUGCAAUUACGGGUGCUCAAGCAGUUGAAAAGAUGAAUGUGCAGUUUGCAGCAACAAUGGAGCAGCUGAAAAACAAGGUGCAGAAUAAGGUUUCCAUAGAUACCAAAGAAGUUUUUCCUCUGUUUGUUGCACUUUCUAACCUCUGGACCAGCUUUCAGGAUGAGAUGCUACUGCUAAGCUUCCUCACAAAUAUGACUAACAAUCUGCAACAGUUCUUGGAAAUCCAAUCACAGCUUUUUCCUGAGGAAGUGCUAACGACUCUUCUGGAAGGAGUGACUGUGAAAAGUGAUGAGGAAAGGAUGAGAGAAACCAUGGGAACCAGCGUGAAUGUAUCUGAUUUCAAGAACCAAGAGUGGCUUUUUCCAGAGACUACUGAUAAUUUUGAUCAGUUGCUAAUCCAGUACCAUGGUUUCUGUGCACAUGCAAUUGGUGUGAAAGGCCUCACCCUCCCAGGAAAUCCUGCUAUUGGAAUUUUGAAGCACAAGGAGAGAUACUAUGUUUUCAGUUCCAAAGAAGCUGCAUACAUCUUUGCUCAAGAUCCAGAUAAGUUUAUUCAGCUGAAUGUAGAAAAAGCAAAAGAACAUGCAGAGCUAAUUCAACUGCUCGAGCUUCAUCACCAGUUUGAAUACUUUGCUCUGUCUGCACAGGCCAGAAACGCAGACAAAUACUUCAUGAAACCAACCACAAAAUGUGACAAUAGUACUCAAACUGAUACUCACAUCUUGCCUCCAACUAUUGUGACAUCCUAUGAGUGGAAUGAAUGGGAACUGAGAAGAAAAGCUAUAAAAUUGGCCAAUUUGCGCCGAAAAUUAACUCAUGCCAUGCAGACUGAUCUCAGCCAUAUGAGAAGACACAACUCCACCCAAGUGUACUUGCCAAAAGAUGUUAGCACCCAGACUAAGCGUGACAACUCAAGCAAUGUACCCAGGCCCCAGAUUUUCUUGGAAGGUCUCCAAGGAGGAUCAUCUCCUACUACUCAUAUGGUCAAAGUAGAUUUAACAAGAGAAAUAGCUGAAACCUAAGUGAAGAUGAGAAACCUGAAGAUAUAUAUUGAAUGUAUAUAUGAAAAUCCCUGCAUAUUUCUGAAUUAAGAUUUUGCCGUGUCUGUUGAUUCCAGGAGCAAUUGAUUUAUUUCAUUUAUCAGCUGGGGCUGCUGACUGGCAUGAAGUGAUAUAAAUUAUAAGACCAGUUUUUAAAAAGCAAUUUAGAAUCAAGAUGUUCCUAAAGACUUUAAUGUAAACUAACAUUUCAACGUGUAGUGUGUGUCCUGGGCUUUUCUGGAGGUUUUUAAUGCAGUGAUUGCUUGCCGAAACACUGUUGUUAAGAGCCAUGUCUUCGGUACAUGAAACGUAUAAUGUCAGACAAGCAGCUUUUACGAGAUAUGGGGCCAAUGCUGCAGCUCCUACAGAGCCAUAAUUCCCGUUGGCGUGAAGUAGAACUGAUCUCAGGAGAGUCACCCAAAUGUCACAGCUCCACACAUAGAGCAGAAUCAUCAUGGUCAAACCAGCAAAGUGAACUUGGUCUGGGUCCCUGGGCCUGUGCAUUUGUGCUGUCGUUGCAGGGCAACGGCUGUUACGGGUGUAGGCCAGGGCAGGGAGGUGGAGAGGACAGAACCUAUCUCGGCUCUGGCAGCCUAUUACAUCUCUAGUAAUUUCUGUAUUGGCUGGCUAAACAGAGUGCUGGUGAGCACGCUGGAAACCACAGGAGCUUGACUUCAGGGCACCUUUCUGAAAGCUCUGUUUCACUUCUGUUUGAGAAACUACAGCACAACAGGAAAAAGGUUUUCAUCUUUAUUUCAUUAUGGCACGGAAAUAUGUGCCAGGUCUGAUGAACGCAGCUGCAGCUAGCGUUUCUGUUUGUGAAAACCUGAGUCAUUUAAGAUGAAAAAUCUUCUCAAAUGGCAACAGGGGGUACUUUAAAAGAGAGAUACUUCUCAUAACAGCCGAGUUCCACAAGUUACCAUCUGCAAAAUGUCUGGAUGUGCAACUGUGAUUGCAGAGUGUGCUAAGGUUUCCAAAUCUCUUUUUUGGUCAGGUGCAGCGUGGUUUCCUGGGUCUUUGUUACACAAACUUGUGACAAUGAAGCUUGAAGAUUCAAGCUGCUGGGUGAUUUUUCUGUGGCACUGUGCAGGAUAGCAUUCUCUUUUUGUUCAACUGUCUCCAAGGCGUCUGGCUUUAAAGUUACACAGCUGGGACAAGACCACAAGGCAUUAUUUUAAAAAAAGGAGCAGGAGGAGAGCACAGAAAGAACUUAGCUAAAUGAUUUUCCACUAGGUGAUUUUCUUCUUCAUGAAAAUAAACUGAUCAGUAGCAGCGAGAUGUGCUGCUCCUCCCAUGUUUUUACAUUACAAGCUGGCACCAGUUUUUAGAUUUAUUAAUAAAAAUAUGAAUGCUAUUACCA